AUGUCAUUAGUGCAUGGUCAAACGAAUCUAAGCGAAUCCAAAUUUCUUAUAGAAAGGGCAUUUAGUUCUAGUUCAGAAAACGUUCCGUUAUCAAAGGAGGCAACAUAUCCCAUGCCCACUGCAUAUAGUUUUUCCACAGUUAGGAGCAACAGCGAGACUAAUAUCAAAAAAGAGAAACCGCACGGUUUCGCGGGAGAACCUGUUAUGACUUCUAUGCUUCACAAUUUGACCAUGUCCACGGGAAGUGGGGACGGGAACAAUAUCAAUUCUUUAGCUCCACAUGAUGUGGAUGUUGGACCCUACUGUCUUUUGCUGAGGAAUUUGCCAAAAGACAUUACACUUAGAGAAUGUUAUUGUAUAUUUUCAUUAGCCACUGGAGUAUCAAGUAUAGAAUUAAAAAGGGAUGAUAGAGAACCCUCUAAUGGAAAUGAAAAAGUUGUUGUGGUCAAAUUUGGAUCCCUGUCCUUAGUAACUCACUAUGCUAAUAUAUUGAACUCGAAAGCUGAGAUUUUUGGACCUAGUUUCCCGUUUCGAUCUCAUAUUGACGUAGUGAAUGAACAAACGCAAUUUCCAGUGAGUUUUCAAGAACAUGUUUCAGUUAGCACCACAAACAGUUCUCCAAAGAAUUAUCAAUUAUCUUCCAGUGCACAAAAUGAAAUUCAAAAUCAAACGUUUAAUACUAUAUCAUAUGGAGGAACUAGUUCCUCUCCGUUAGGGCCUUCAGCGGCCAAGAUAAGACCUUCGCUACUUUCUGAAAGAUCUCUCCGCUUUUCAUUUAAUGAUCCAUUCGGACUGGAAACAGUCUCUCAAAGGAAAGAAUCCGUACCCUUUCUACGAAAUAGCAUCUCACAACAUGAUUUAUCAAACGUAACCACCACUUCAGUUCCAGCAGGAGUGCCACCACAAAAGGACGCUGGCAAGUCACUUUUGCUUCUAGAAAAGGAUGAAAUAAGUGAAAGUAUUUGGAAUGGUGAUGAAUUAGUUAAUAAUGUUGGUAAUUCUUCAUAUAGUGCAUCUUUACGAGAGCCUCCGAUGUCAUCGACACCUGUGAUGGAGUGGAAUGCUUCCUCGACUGCUAAUAUUCCUCUUUUCCAACUAUCUAGCCAAGAAAAUCACCAAUCUAAUUUUUUACCGCCAUCCCAUCAUUCAAUUAGCCAGGACGUUCCACACAUUCAAUCACAGCCUAAUCUGAACAAUUCAGGGGUGAUACAUUCCACGACUUCUCUACCGCAAUAUCACUUGUUGAACCAAAUUAAUGGUGCUACUAAGACGCAUAAUGUUCAACAGAAUGUUUCUAAUGUUCCUUCCAAUUUAGAACUCAACCUCCAAACGGAAAAUAACCACUCACAAUCUUCUGCCUCUAAUGGUUCUUCAAUAUUCAACAACCAAAAGGCAAAUCAAGGCUUCUUAGUACAUGAACAAGAUACCAGUACAUUAUCGCAACAGAAAGAAUGCUCUUCUACAGUUUCUGCCUCUGCAUUUUCGAAAAAUAACGAAACAAAUGUGGCAGGCUCCACAACUAUUUCACAGGCUGAUUUGUCACUAUUAGCAAAGGUACCACCACCGGCGAAUCCUGCGGACCAGAAUCCUCCUUGCAAUACUUUAUAUGUGGGAAAUCUACCACCAGAUGCCACGGAACAAGAACUAAGGCAAUUGUUUUCCAAUCAGCAAGGUUUUCGUAGAUUAUCCUUUAGAAAUAAAAUGACCUCUCACGGUCAUGGCAAUGGUCAUGGCCAUGGUCCAAUUUGUUUUGUAGAAUUUGAGGAUGUUAGCUUUGCCACUAGAGCAUUGGCAGAAUUAUAUGGUAGUCAACUACCUCACCCCCGUCCUUCUCUCAACAACAAAGGAGGUAUCAGAUUAAGCUUUUCUAAAAAUCCAUUAGGUGUUAGAGGCUCAAACAGCAGGAGUAAAUCCGGCUACACCUUUAAUGGAAGUUAUGGGAAAUCAUGA